GCGAGUAAUAAAUGAACAUCAACAACAUUAAAAUAUUACAUCAUUUCGGAGAAACUAGAAUGCCAUUUUUCAUGUUUUUUAAACCCAACACUGUCCCGCCCUGACUUCUUCUUCAUUACUCUCUUACAUCCUUUGCUUUGUGAAGAUAUAGCACACAACUGCAGGAAGUCUGGAGAAGUGAAAGAAAUUUGAGUGUUUUCUUGCAGGUUACUUGCCUACUUUCUGGUUAAUGCUUUGUGUUGUUCUUAUCUACGGCUUGUAAAUAUGAAGAAGGAAAACAUACUUCCUUCUAAUUUUAGGCAACUUAAUGGUCCAGUAACACGAGCAGCUGCCUUGCGUGCUUCUGGGAAGAUGCCACCUUUAAAGGCAUCCUCAAAACAAGACCAGAAAAGGAUUUUGCGAGCAAAUCCAAAAAGAGCAGCCUUAGAUGAGAACAACACUAGUGGACCUGCUAAUGCGGGUAAUCAACGUAAGAGGAGAGCAGUGCUUCAGGAUGUCACAAAUGUUUGCUGUGAGAAUUCGUAUACGAGUUGCUUCAGUGCAACUAAAAUUCAGGCUAAGAUAGCUAAAAAGGGUCAGCUCAAAGUAUCAAAAAUUGCCCCUUCAGUUGCCUUAGAACACCGACAUCUUAGAGCUAAUUCAAAGAAAAAAAUUAUUUGUCAAGAAGUAAAAAGAGUACCUUACUCUGAAAUUGUAUGCUCAAGUACUCAAGAAAAAGAUGUAUCUUCUCAACCCAGUGGCAUAAGGGGGGUUGGCAUAGAUGAUCCUCAGCUUCCUAAUCAGUGUUCGAGAGUGCCUUCACAUCCCCAUAAUUCUCCAAAGAAAGAGAAAUGUAAUGUUUCGGAGAAUCAGAAGAUAUCACGUGAUCAAGAAUUUAUAGACAUUGAUAGCGAUCACAAGGAUCCUCAACUUUGCAGCCUCUACGCUGCUGAUAUCUAUAGCAAUUUACGUGUUGCUGAGCUUGUCCGAAGGUCUCUUCCUAAUUUUAUGGAAACAGUGCAACGAGACAUCACUCAAAGUAUGAGAGGGAUUUUAAUUGAUUGGCUUGUUGAGGUGUCUGAGGAAUAUAAGUUAGUGCCAGACACGCUUUACCUCACAGUAUAUCUCAUAGAUAGGUUUCUCUCUCAAAAUUACAUUGAAAGACAGAGACUUCAACUACUUGGUAUCACUUGCAUGCUAAUAGCUUCCAAAUAUGAAGAGAUUUGUUCGCCGCGAGUGGAAGAAUUUUGCUUCAUCACUGACAACACAUACACGAGCCUUGAGGUGCUAAGGAUGGAGACUCAAGUGUUAAAUUUUUUUGGCUUUCAAAUAUUUGCUCCCACUGCAAAAACGUUUCUGAGGAGAUUUUUACGUGCAGCACAGGCAUCAUACAAGAGCCCUAGCUAUGAACUAGAGUACCUGGCUGAUUACCUAGCAGAACUGACAUUAGUUGACUACAGUUUCUUGAAUUUUCUUCCUUCUGUCAUUGCCGCAUCAUCUGUAUUUCUUGCCAGGUGGACUCUGGAUCAGACAAGCCAUCCAUGGAGUCCAACCCUAGAAAAAUAUACUUCUUACAAGGCGUCAGAUCUUAAAACUACAGUUCUUGCAAUGCAAGAUUUACAACUGAACACCAGUGGGUGUCCUCUGAAUGCCAUACGCAUGAAGUAUAGGCAACCGAAGUUCAAAUCUGUGUCUGCUUUGCCUUCUCCGAAACUGCUUGAAACACUAUUCUGAAGAUAAACAGACUGGUUCCACGUUUUUGAAAGUGGUUGCUAACAUACACACAUCUCAAAAGAAGUUCCUCCUGGCUUUUAUCAUAUCCUUCAUGAGAUUGUAUAUGAUAUAUAAUCCGAAACCUUUUUACUCAAUAUAUACAUUCUGAUCCUUUUUUCUUUGUCCCCUAAAUUUGUGUAUAGAUUUUGAUGAUCUUUAUCAGGUUUUGGUGUUUCCAACUCGGGUAAUUUUAAGGAUAUAUCUAGUCUAAAACCAGGGCUGUCAUGCUACUAUGGAUUUCAGUAAAACCAUCGAUAUUACUUUCUCUUGCUUCUUAUCAACAGAUAAUUUAUUUGUUAGACUGUAAAUAGUGGAAGACAUGAUGCAAAACUGGUGAAAUGUAACUUCGGCAGCCUUUGCCCCAGUUUAGUUAAUUAUUUCUUUGAAGUA